AUGAACGUUGAACAACAACUUGCUUCUAUGUAUAAUCAAAAUAUAAUGCCAGUUGAACUUAGUGAUGAUACUAAUAAUUCUACAACUCAAAUUUUAUUAAAGUUAUAUGACCAAUGUUGUCCACAUUCAAAAGAUGAAGAAAAAGAUUUUAUGACAACAGAUAUUGUUGUACUAAGAAAUACUGCAAUUAACUCACUUAUAGGAAGAGGUCCAAUUACUGAAGAAAAGAUUCAACUUGCAAUGAAAAAUUAUUUAGAAAAACAGCAUGAAUUUUAUAUUAAUUGGAAAGCACAACAAGCUAUGAACUAUCUCACUAUGAACUCUUUUGGUCAAUAAACAGUUGAUUGAAUACUUCGAUU